AUGUGGGGUCUAAAACACAAAUCUUACAACUGUGAGAGAUGUGGGCAUGACUUUGUCAGUAAUACAGCUCUGAGAUAUCAUUUUCAAGCAAAACAUCUUGGGAGAGUUCACUGUGAAAUGUGUGGCGAGGAAGUUUUGCGAGAGUGUCUUCUGCACCAUGCAAAGGCUGAUCAUGAAAUGCUGCUGACCAGCAAGCAGAAAGGUUGCCCAAGUAUGACUCAUAAGAGGGAAUCAAAAUUUGUGGCUGUGGAAACAUCAACAUCCUGUAGGAUGUGCCCCAAGCAGUUUGGAACCGUGCAUGCUAGGGAGCACCAUGAGAAACAAGAGCAUCACUUCACAGGCAGCAAAAGAGCUCAAUUGUCCACUGGGUUUAAACCUGAAAAUAUCUUAGAGUACAAAACACCUAUGGAAAUUCAGAAAUUUGUGGAAGCAAACCUACGACCUAUGUCAGGCACUGUAAGGUUAGCCUGUGCAUCAGAAGUUGAAGGGAUGAUUGCUUUGGUCAAAGAAGUGUUUCCAUUGCCAAUAACUUGUGUUACAAAGGGUGGUUCAUAUAUAAAAGGAACUGAUGCACAAGAUUGGUCUGAUGUGGACAUAGUUCUUUUUAGCAAUGCCUUUCAAAGUUUAGAAGACUGCAAAACAAAAAUUCCAGAAGUACUAGAAGAGUUAGGAAGAAGACUAAUAAGCUCUUCAUGGACCAACAGGCUAAUUUUGCAGAAAAGGACACCAUUUUCCUUAAGAUUCUGUUUUAAGUGUUAUAAAGAUCAUCACAGCCAUUUGUUUGACAUCAUGCCUUGUUCUGAUAUGCUUGGGUCUGCAUUAUCUGCAGGUAAGAGCUGGCUAUACUUUUGA